AUGCCACAGCAUUUCCUCCUCCGCCCACCCAUCUCAACCCCCUCACCAUCUUCGAAAGCGACGACGCUACCCCCGACGCGCAUGCCGCGCAUGAUCUACGGCACCGCAUGGAAGAAAACCACCACCGCAAAAUUAGUCCACCAAGCACUUUGCGCCGGCUUCCGCGCAAUUGACACCGCGUGCCAGCCGCGGCACUACAACGAAGCCCAGGUCGGCGCGGGCGUGCGCGCGUUCCUGCGCGAGCAGGAGGGGAAAGUCGGCAGACGCGAGCUGUAUCUGCAGACCAAGUUCACGCCCGAGGGAGGUCAGGAUCCCGCGACGAUUCCGUAUGACCCUCUGCUGGCGCCCGCUGAGCAGGUAGCGGCGUCGAUCAAAGUCAGUCUGCAGAACUUGGGCGUGGAGUACAUCGACACAUUAGUCCUGCACUCGCCGUUUCCCAACUUCAAAGACACCGUCGAGGCGUGGCGCGCCAUGUUCUCCUACACUCCCUACUCCCCAACAUCGUCCACAUCUUCCCCUGUGCACAACAUAGGUCUCUCCAACAUCGACCUGCCAACACUGACCGCCCUCGUCUCUGAAACCGGAAUCUACCCGUCCGUGAUCCAGAACCGGUUCUACGCCGACACCGCGUUCGACGUGCCCCUCCGCCGCUGGUGCGUCGCCAACGACGUCAUCUACCAAUCCUUCUGGACCCUGUCCGCGAACCCACAUCUUCUCCGCAGCAAACGCGUGCGCGAGAUCGCGGCGCAGUUCGACCUGCCUUCGCUCGCGACCGCGCUGUACGCUGCCGUGUUGAGCGAGCGGAAUCUGGCGGUGCUGAACGGGACGACGAGCGAGAGCCAUAUGGAGGAGGAUUUGCAGGUGGUCGAGAGGAAUCUGCUGGAGGACUCCGAGGAGAUAAGCAAGAUGUUGAACGUCACUUGA